ACGAUAUUUUCUAAUCUAAUAAUAUGGAGAAUCUUUCGAGUGAGUCGGAUAGCGAAGAUUCGUUCAAUGUUGCUUGCAAAAAUUGGGAUCGAAUUACAGAUGCCGCGAAAAAGACUGGUUAUAGGAAAGGAAUAGAAGAUGGGACAGAUUCUGUUUUCCAAGAAGGCUUUGACAAGGGGUACAAAGAAGGCUUCCAAACAGCAUUCCUUUUGGGAAAGUUCAAAAGUUUAUUGAAUGUAGUACCACCGAACGUAGAGCGUCCGCAGAACAUAAAAGAAAUUCUUGAUAAAACUAGAAGAGGUGCGUGUUAUUUAUGUAUGACUGCAUCCCACGAAGAAGAAAAAUCAUUUUCCCAGAUUGAUAACGAGCAACAACUACAUUCGAUACGAAUUCUUCAGACGUUGCACGAAUAUUUUCAACCCUAUGCAAAGCCAUUAAAUUUCAACGACUUGAAUGAAUUUCAGAUACAAAGCCAGAUUCCGAAAAUUACAAAGUCAGAAUCAGAUGAUUAAUUUUAUUAAUUGUAGUAUAGUUUUUUAUAAUUUUUAUUAGCUUGUACAAUAUUUUUACGUUUCA